UUCGGACGCAUUCCCGGAAGUGGGGAUGCGGAAGGACAGAACGCAUCAUGGCUCAAGUCACCAUGGUUUUGUGCAGGCGGCAGGGAUUUUGUCUUUCCUGGCUCGGUUCAAACGUUUUGUGGAAGAGUCACCUUAGCUCAACUUUUUGUCGCCGUUAUGGUAAUGUGCAAGUGUCGUGGUCACAUCGAUUCGGACGACAAAAGCAAAGUCACUUGCAAGCUUCCAGUGUUCCAGCAUGCGUCUCAGCACAGAGGCUUCUCCACUCCACUCCACGGAUGCUGACUUCAGCCUCACCUUCACAGCCACCUGAAGGGCAGAAAUCAUCCAAAGGUUCAAAGAAAUCUGGGCCAGUCACAUGGAAAUCCCUGGCGGUGACGUUUGCAAUUGGAGGAGCGUUGCUGGCAGUGAUGAAAUACUUCAAGAAGGAGAAAGAAGCCUCUUUUGAGCGGGAGCGAAAACGGGUUCUUGGGAAGCCUUCUCUCGGAGGUCCUUUCUCGCUAAUAGAUCACAAUGGACAGCAGAGGAAGAGCGAAGAUUUCCAUGGGCAGUGGGUAUUGAUCUACUUUGGAUUUACUCACUGCCCAGAUAUUUGUCCAGAGGAAAUGGAGAAAAUGAUCGAGGCCGUGGAGGAGAUAGAUAGAAUUCCUACUCUGCCCAAUCUCACACCCCUCUUCAUUACAAUUGACCCCGAGAGGGAUAAUCCAGAGGCCGUUGCAAAAUAUGUUAAAGAGUUUUCAUCAAAGCUUAUUGGACUGACGGGCUCAUCAGAGCAAAUAGAACAAGUGUCCAGGGCAUACAGAGUAUAUUACAGCCAGGGCCCGAAGGAUGAAGACAAUGACUACAUUGUUGAUCACACGAUAAUCAUGUACCUGCUUGGCCCCAAAGGUGAAUUUUUGGAGUACUUCGGUCAGAACAAGAAGAGCUCGGAAAUAGCAGCUUCAGUAGCUUCCUACAUGCGAAAGUACAAGUAGGACAUUUGCAGAGAUAGAGUGAAGUCUGCUUCGUUCCGAGGCAGAGUGAAACAGUAUGGGUAUCCAUAUGCAUUUUCAAAAUGAGGUUUCUGUUUAUAUUGUGAUCUCUAAUUUGCUAUUUUGGUUAAUGCAGUAAUGAUGUUCCAUUUACAAAGAUGAAUAUCAUUUUGUGGCUUACAAAUUAAAUCCUUUAAAGUUC